UUUUUUUUCGUGCGAGCCCCUCAUUUUGUGGGCAGAAAAGACAAACACACAACGUAACUUUGAGAAUGUUUCGGCCUAAUGCUAUGGAAUAGACUUUGCUAAUCUUAAAAUUCGCUAUAAAUUCAGUGCAUUGCGUUUUGUUUUCUACAUUUCAUUUCAAACUGUUCCCAUUCUUGUUCAACAUGCCUCGUGAUGUCUCUCACCUAGUUAUGAAACAAUUGGAGUACGUUAAUCGAAGAUCCGUCGAUAAAACUGAAAUAUGUUUUGAUAGAAUUAUGUAUCAAAUGAAGGACGGUUUCAUCGAAUUGGAUAUGGACGGACACACCAUCAGAUAUGAUGAUGAUGAGAAUGGUGGUACGACGGUAUCAUACGAUGAACAUUUAGUACACAAAAGGCAACAUGAAGAUGGAAACUUUGUGGAACUUGCACUCAAAGACUUGAAGAUAGUACUGAAACAUGCAUCAAGCUAUUUUUUCAACAACGAUACAGAAGAUAGCAACAAAUCUUUUAUUGAUCUUUUGAAAUCGGAAAAUGGUCUUCCCGCGAAGAAAGUAACACUUCUAAGAUUCGCAUUCAAUGAUCUUUUUGAUAUACUCCCAUGUUUCGAUGCACUGGAAGACAUAGAGUUGUGGUACAUAAGCUCCAUCGACCAAUUUCAACGGAUAGCUUCUCUUGAGCAGUGGAAGAAAACAAAAAGAUUUUGUAUCGAAGACCAUUUGUUUGACAAUGAACAAAUUGAACUCUUCUUCCACUUUGAAGUCUUUGGCAUAGAUUUUGAUAAAUUCUCGGUGCAGAAUGCAGUUAAAGUCAGAGAUGAUCUUUUGAGAAGAAGCACAUUUCAAAGUUGUGGGAUAAAUUUCAAAGAAUCAGGCCCUGUCGAAAUAGCAAAACUAUUCAAACUGGACUAUGUUGGUGGUGAAACAUUCGAAAUGGAAUAUUCAAACAAAAAUGGAAAAUUCGAGGUUUCGAUUGACGAGAAUUUGUUUUCUGUGGAAAGAUUGUGAAACAUUUUUGUUUUUUUUAUUGCUCAUAAAAUGCGAUUCUUAUAAUUAUUUUGCCAUUACAAAAAAACAGCUUUAGGGCUACAUUUUAAAUGUAUCUGGUGUAAAUGAGUACCAAGGCUUUUUUUGUUGUUUUUCGAAUCGAAAAAUAACAAAAAAAAUGUUUUUUUUAGGAGAAAUUCGAUUCUUUGGCCGAAAUUUUUUUUGCAACAUCCCCUUCCUCGUUGGAUAUAUUGUUUAAUACAAUUAAAAAAAUUUGUGCGUAUAGUUUUAUUUCGUAAAAUAAAAAUUUUCCAGAAAA